AAGAACGUUUUCAUCACAACAUCAUCACAAAUCCGUGAAUUCCGUUUUUAACCGUGAUCCAACGUGAUUGCGAACGUGUUUCGUUGAUCGCCCGGGGGCCGCCAGCGCCAACACCACAGCGGAGAGCGCACUUCGUUCCCUCACCUCACCGGCUAUCCCAAAACACCAUGGUCAUGUUACGCGCGGCAGCACUCCUAUCCUCCGCACGACGAAUCCCGCUGAUCAAGUUCCGCAAAGGUGGACCCUUCCUGGACGUCGCCAGCCAGUCGACGGGCGGUGCGGCCGGUACUUCCGCGGCAGCCACACCCGCGCACGCCCGCUCGGUAUCGUCCGGAGAAGCGAUCGAGGAGUGGCAGCUGCCGGCUCGCUAUCGUCGAAAACCGAUCGAUGAGGUGGAGAUGGAGUGGAUCAACCGUGGAGGACCACCGGCGUAAUGUGAGUCCCUUGUUGCGGUUGUGUCCCCCUAGUCAGCAAACAGCAGCAGCAGCAGGAGCGCGCGUGGGAUGGGAGUUAGUGAGUUAGGAAAUCAUUUACUAUACGGUACAACCAACCAGCAGACCGGUCCUUCCUGAUCCUGUAGAGUUUCAGAUGGAGGUGUGUCUUACGGAAAUCAAUCGUCCCAAGUGCGAUGGCGUGUAUCGACGAUGACAACGGUGCGGUACGCUCAGCAGGAUACGUUUAAGACGAACGCAGUAACCGCGGACAUCGGUACUUCGUAACGAAUCUAUCGCAUCGCCAAACCCGGCGCGUUUGCAGCUAAUAAAUCCUUCUAUCGAUAUCACAAACAUGGUGCUACACAUAUUAAACACACAGGAUACGUCGUUUAC